CUGAACAAAAAUGAUAUUUCAUUAUUCAUUUUUUUUUUAUGCAAUAAAGUUUUGAUUUAGAAUAAAAAUGAAAUACGUUAGUUAUUUAUUUAUCUUAGGGACGAUAUUGAGUGCGAGAGGAGAAGAAGUCACUGAUUAUGAAAUGUGCAAGAACUCUAAAUGCACAAUUUCAAAUGUUAACGUUGAUCCAUGUCCCCAAGCAUUGAAGGGUGAACAUUGCGAAUUUGUUCGUGGAACUAAUGUCACUUUCUCUGCAAACUACAUAACAAGUUUUGGCACAGUGAAACCUAUAACUAAGGUGUACAUCGAAGUAGGUGGUGUAGAAAUAACAGAUCCAAGUUUACCAACUGAUGCUUGUCUUUUUACGAGUUGUCCAAUACAAAAUGGAAAACAAAAUAGUUACAAGAGAACUAUUUUGGUCAGUCCAAAAUACCCAUCUGGGAAUCACAAUUUUAAAAUAAAAAUUUACGAUGGAACUAAAAAAUUCAAAAGAGAUGAAUGUUGUGUUCAAAGCAAUGUAAAAAUAAUUUGAUUCGACACAUUAAAGUCUUAAAAUAUGUUAAAUUGUUUUUAUCAUCAAUAUUUAAUUAAAACUGACAUAAUAUUGUAAAUAA